GCAAUCCAGCAGGGCACUUUCACUUUGAGCGGAGUGAGGAUACACAGAGUGGCCAGAGGGAGAGACAGAGAAGAGGAGGCCAGUGUCUCUCCCGCUUUAUCCAUUAACCAGUUUUUCGAGGGAGAGAGGAGUGGCUCAAAUUAGGCUGUUGAGGAAGAUUCUAGGUCAGUAGUGAGAGGGAGAAAGGGAAAGAGAUAUAGUGCAAAACAAACAAAAGCUUUCAUAGGGAAAGGGCUGCAGCCACUCAGGCUUAAGUGGGAAAAUCCAAAGUGAGAGAGCAGGAUGGCGUGAGAGGAUAAAUGAGGCAUUUAUUGGAAAGUACCAAAAGGACUCAAAAGGAAGGAAUGUAUAAGGGAUGUCAGCAAGAAGACUGAAUAUCAGACGGUGAAAGAGAAGACACAGCAACGCACUUUGUGUCAAAGACCUCAAGAAACCACAGAGGAGGAAACUUAGCCUUUCACAGACUGACACAAAAACCCGUCUGCAGAGUGAUUGCCGUCAACAAGAGAAAUGGAGAAGUGUCCAUUCUUAGAAAGAUAGGAAGGAUGUCACUGCCAGUUUUGCUGUUGCUAUCACUCUGGACUGUCCGAUGUGGUGGAUGUGACUUUGACCGGGAAGGUGUGAAAAACAUCAAAACAACUAUUGACUCCAAUCCAAGUGGAUUUCGGACAGUAUUUCCUAAAGAUUACUAUGUAGUGCACCGCUACACAAAAAGCAUGCUCUGUGACACUGAUCCGUGUUGUGUGUUCCCUGCUGCAGUCGUCCUCCUGGAGUCCUGGCACGUGCUUCUUGGAAACCUCUGGGAUGAGCACCUAAAUCACUCCUUAAUCCUCGAUCUGAAGCACACACUGGAUAAAAUUAUAAAAAGGAACAGAAAUACAGAGAGGUUCCAGGAGGAGACGGACCUUUCCCAAUUCUCCCCAUUAUCUUCCUCUCCUGAAGAACUCCUCAAGCUCACGUCAGAACUUCUCACUCGAUGGCUCGAUGUCGGGUGCUUGCCUGAGAUCGAAACCUGCUCCCUGCCCACUUUGCCGCCCUCUGUUGAGAGGAAGGACUACGGUCCAUCGAGGGCCAGACUCUUGACCACCCGAGCUAUCAGCAACGAGGAGGAAGGACAGCUCGAUAAGAUAAUAGACAGUACGCAGCCUUCAUCCAAUGGUGGUCCUCCAUCCCUAUCAUAUUCCGCUUCUGUCUGGAGCCCCUUGCUAUUCAGACUCUACUGGUGGCUGAUGCCAUAGUUACUAAAAAAGGAUCUUUUUUUAUGAUGCACACAAAAUGCAAGACAUUUCCUGGCACUGAAUGUUCGUUUUCUUAUAUUUGUGUUUCAAUGCAGCAAGCUUUGUUAAUAUGAAGUGAUACACAGGUUGUAUUUAAUGUCCAAAGUUAGUUCACGUAGUCCGCCGUGCAACAGUGCUCUGUAACAUCACCAAUAUAAACAUAUAGUUAUCCUCUCUAGAGCAAGCCACAAGCUGCAGCCAGCUAUGCUCUUCAUGCUAACCAGAGAUAAAUGCUGAGUAAGCCAAUGCACAUAAGCCAUCGUCUGUUGAUGUGGAAUUCAUCACUGUUUACAAUGAAUGUUAUGUAUAUGUAAGAUAUUACAGUCUGUGGGAGUUUACUUUUGUACAUACCUGUAAAUUAAAGACAUUUAGAUAUAUAAA